AUGCUAAAUAACAAUAUCCAGCAUCUACAUGUCUCGCCAGAAAGCCAUAACGGCCAAGGUAGCCACCUGGACCAGCAGAAGUGGACAUCGGUAACCCCGUCUCGAAAGAUCGGCAACCAGGUGGUCUUCCGCAUAAAGAACUGUACAGUUCCAAAACAAGCCCAACGGCGAAAUACCACUUCUUCUGGCAGUGACCAAUCAACUGGGAAGCAAUGCAAUUCUCGAAAAUCCCAUCGGAAAUCUAGGGCUGGGUGUGGCACCUGCAAGAAGCGCAGGGUUAAGUGUGAUGAAACGAAGCCGCACUGCCUUAGGUGCGAAGCUUAUGGUGUCGCCUGUGAUUACAUGGAUCAGCAAGCGUUGGUACCUAUUAACGCGGGAUCAGGUAGCCCUGUGUCCAGCAGUGGGAGUGAGUGUGGCUCUAUAGACUCUUUAUUCCAUUCUAUGUCGAGAACAGAUCUUGCCGCACGUGUCACCUACGCUCUCCAGCUAGGGUCGAAGACCAAGAUUCGGCCCUUAACUUCUGAUUCAAAGUCAAUCAUUGCUUUUCACCAUUUUCUAAACCUCAAACAUGACCAUACUCCACUCACGGAUGCUGGGAUGAAAGUUGUGUCAACAAAGAUGCUGCCUCUGGCCUUUAAGACGCCGUAUCUCAUGCAUGCCAUUCUUGGUAUUGGCGCCACCUCUAUCUCUGACCAAGCCCAGGGUGACCCUUCGUACAAAGUUCUACAUGCAUAUCAUUGGCAACAAACCAUCAGACAAUACCAGGAAGAAAUCCAAACUAGCAUCGGUCUUCACAAUAUGGAUGGCUUAAUGUCUACUUGCAUGUUCAUGAGUAGCAUUACCUUUCUUGGUGCUGACCCUGAUUACACCAAAUCAUGGGUUUUUUCCAACGACCCUGCAGAUCUCAACUGGCUUCUCAUCCAAGGAGGUUUACGGUUUCUUCUCAUGCACCUCAGCCGUUACCUUGAGCAUAGUAUUUGGUAUGAAGUUUUUAUGGAAUCUUCCGAUGAGGAAAUGUUUGGCGACCAUAGGCCGGGAAAGGUUGGCCUGCACCCAGAGCUUGCUGCAAUCUGCGGAAUUACAGAGACAACUACUGAAGAUGAUAAUCCCUGCCUCUGGCCCCUGAGGAUGCUCACCCCAAUUCUUAAGCUUGAAAGUAACAGGGAAAAUUUCUCCAAGCUCAUGGGCUUUAUGGGGAGACUGUUACCGGACUAUACGAAUAACCUACUUGCCAAGGAACCUAGCUGCUUGAUCAUACUUGCAUAUUGGCUUGGGAAGUUAUGUGAGCGGCCUGACUGGUGGCUAUAUUCAAGAGCUCAGGUUGAAUGUUAUGCACUUUGUGCAUAUCUUGAAUCACUUGGGGAUCCAAGGAUGCUAGAACUCUUAGAGUAUCCUGCCAAGAAAUGCGGCUAUAUACUCGGGCGCCCUGCACCAGUUGAUAUAUUAGAUGACUUUACUAUAAUACCCAUUAUAUAA